AUGUCCCCUGCUCCGCAGGCCACUGAAUUAGAUAUCCGUAUGCUUGAAGAAUUAAUGUCAACCAAUUUUCUGCAACCGUCACAGUCGUGGAUAACACAAAUUGAGCAAAAAUUCCUUGUUGAAUUAGAUGCAGGUGAUUUUCUGUUCGAAGAAGUUACUUGCCAUCAUCAAUCAAGCAUAAGGGAGAAUUUUUUGUCCUGCCAUUUUUCAGAGGACGGAAGAUUUUUGGCAUGUGCUGGACAUGGGAGGAAGGUUACAAUUUGGAACAAGGAAGAUUCUAAUUUUACUACUUCACAAGAAUCACAUUCAGAUGUGAUCACAGAAGUUCGAUUUCGUUCAAGUCACCGUUUAACUACGUGUGCUACAUCUUCCUAUGAUCGAACUGUAAAAAUAUGGGAUGCAGCCUAUCCGCACAUGGUAUAUGCCACUGUUAAUGUGAAUCUUGGCUCUCCAAUAUUGUCAUUGGACUUCCACCCGAGAGAUCGUGACCUUCUUUGCUGCUGCGAUGCCAAUGAUUUUAUUCAACUGUGGAAUAUAUCUCUCUAUGCUUACAGGUUGUGCUAUUUUAAGGGACAUAGCAAAGAAGUUAUUUCGAUUUGCUGGGAUCAAUCUGGAAACUACAUUGCCUCAGUUAGUGAAGAUGAGGCAUGCUUCUGGUCUGCUGCCCCUGAAGGAGGUUUACCAUAUGUUUUGGCUUGCAAACACGGAAAAUUUGAGUCGUGCAUAUUUCAUCCUAGAUAUCCUAACCUCUUAAUUAUUUCUGGCCAUAAGUGCCUGGACUUUUGGAUUCCCCAGAGAGGGUAUUCAUUGGACUUUCUUGAUGAUGGUGGGAUAUUUACUGGAGUAGCAACUUCACCCCAAACUCAAAUGGUUGCCUCAGUUAGCCGUGAUUGUGUGAAACUUUGGAAAACAUGUUCUUAG